AUGAAAAGCAUAAAAGGAGCUAUAAAAAUUAAUUAUGAAGAAGUAUUUGAUGCUAUGCAGUCAGAGUUAGCUUAUGAUUAAACUGAAAUAAAAUAGCAGUAAUACAUUAAUUGCAAAAUGGAAGAUGUAGAAGAUAGUUAAGAUAAUCAAGAAUAAUAAAUAGCAUAUUUUUCAUAUUUAGAUAUCUAUAAGAUUAAAAGCUAAGAUUAAUCAAAACAGAGAUUUGCCCAAGACACUUUGAUAUCUAAAAAUUAUGAACAUCAACUAAAAAAGAAAUUGCAUAAACUAAACCAAAUUUUUAAAUUUGAUAAUCUAGAAAUUUGA